AAAAAACAUAGUAGAACCACUAGAACACACACACACACAAGAUUUCAAUUUUUUCAUUAACUUAUUUUUUAUUUUAAAUCUUGAAGGAAAAAAAACAGUUUGGUGCUCCAUGCCAUCGUGUUGGAGCCACGGCCCGACCCAAAACGCCCGAAAAUUUGCAAAGGAUAAGGGGAAAGAUAAGCGGAGAGAAGAAAUCCCCAAAUCUUCUUCUUUAUCCAUGGAGGCUUCGAUCCUCUCCACAUUCUAUCCUUCUCUUCCUAUCUCAAACAAAUCACAUUUCUGCAGCACUCUCAAACCCACUCCCCGGAGACGGGCUUUGACCGUCCGUUCAGCGAUCAGCAGAACGAAGAAAGAAGAGACGGUGGAGACGGUGAAGCAGGAGCUCCAGGAUUGCCGCCUUCUCGCCGGAAUCAGUUACAAAGGGUUCACGGUGAGGCAAUUUCAACAGCUCCGGGCGCAGAUCCCGGAGACCACCAAGGUGAUCGUGGCGAAGAACACUCUGGUGCUCAAGGCCAUCGAAGGGACUCAAUGGGAGGCCUUGAAGCCGUGUAUGACUGGGAUGAAUGCCUGGUUCUUCGUUCACGGCGAGGAGAUCCCGGCGGCGCUGAAACCCUACCGGACUUUCCAGAAGGAGCAGAAGCUGGACGGGAACGACUUCACGGGCGCGGUUUUCGAGGGGAAGUUCUAUGGGCCUGAUGAGUUCAAGGCCCUGGAGACGUUGCCUUCGCGGGCCGAGGUUUACGCCACGCUUCUGGGCUCUCUAAAAGGCCCAGCCUCUGCUGUUGUCGGGACGCUGCAGGCCCCCGCUAGGAACUUGGUAAUGGUGUUGCAGGCCCAUGUAAAGAAGCUGGAGGAAGAGGGAAGCCCAUAGUGUUGAAGGCAUUGGCCCAGAAAAAAAGGGUAUGUAUUGCUUUUGUAUAAUUGAUACUGUAUUUGAUGAGGGAAAAAAUGUCAUUUUGUACAUUUAUCACAUUGUGAAAUUUCAGCUUUGUUUGGUUAACUUAACUGCCCCAUCUUCUGAGCUGUGUUUGGCAUUUUAUUUGUAGCUUUGUAUGGAGUACUUCUUAAGAUGCAACACAAUACAGAUUUACCCAUGAAAAUGAAUGAACACUUUUGUU